AAGUAGAGUCCUCAGGCCAGUAUUUCCCUUUAACAAACUGCUCUCGAAACCAUAAGCCAAAAUGUUGGUUGCUGCCUCUGCUGCUACUCCUGUUAUGGCAGGUUUCGCUGACGUGAAGAGUUUCACGGUUCAAGUCAUCACCGGCCGGUGGUUCAUGGUCUUCGCUUCAUUACUGAUCAUGGCUGCGGCUGGUGCAACCUAUAUGUUCGGUCUUUACUCUGGUGAUAUUAAAACUGCUCUAGGAUAUGAUCAAAGCACCCUCAAUCUACUUAGUUUCUUCAAGGACCUCGGCGCAAACGUCGGUGUCCUUUCUGGCCUGAUCAACGAGGUCACGCCUCCAUGGGUGGUUCUCUCAAUGGGAGCAGUCUUGAACUUUUUUGGGUACUUCAUGAUAUGGCUAGCCGUGACCAGAAAAAUCAACGGUGUCCAUGUCUGGCAUAUGUGCUUGUACAUAUGUAUAGGUGCCAAUUCUCAGGCAUUUGCCAAUACUGGUUCUCUUGUUACCUGCGUCAAGAACUUCCCAGAAAGCCGAGGUGUUGUUCUUGGGAUCUUGAAGGGCUAUGUUGGCCUUAGCGGUGCAAUUAUCACCCAAUUAUACCAUGCCUUUUAUGGUGAUGAUUCUAAGGCUUUGAUUUUGUUCAUAGGUUGGCUUCCUGCUGCCAUCUCUGUUGCCUUCUUGAGAACUAUUCGAAUCAUGAAGGUAAUUCGCCAACCUAAUGAGCUCAAAGUCUUUUACAAUUUUCUCUACAUUUCUCUUGGGCUUGCUGGGUUUCUGAUGAUAAUAAUCAUAGUAGAGAAAAGGUUUAAUUUUACUCACAGUGAGUAUGGUGGUAGUGCAGCCAUGGUUAUGUUCUUGCUCUUUUUGCCUCUAGCUAUUGUUGCUAUAGAAGAAUACAAGAUCUGGAAGAGCAAGAAACAAGCCUUGGAUAAUCCUCCACCUUUGAAAGAUAUUAUCGCAGAGAAGCCAAGGCAAGACACCACCUUAACAGCAGCAUCUGAUCCGCCAAGUAGUGACAAAUUUUUAGUCACAGUCACAAGUUCUGAUGAUAAAAGCGAUGUUUCUUGCUGGAAAACUGCUUUUAGGCCGCCAGAUAGAGGUGAGGACUAUACCAUAUUACAAGCUCUUUUUAGCAUUGAUAUGUUGAUCCUCUUCAUAGCUACAACUUGUGGUAUUGGAGGCACUCUGACCGCUAUUGACAACUUGGGUCAGAUAGGGGCUUCUUUAGGGUACCCUAAAAGAAGUAUAAGCACUUUUGUGUCACUAGUUAGCAUAUGGAAUUAUCUUGGUAGAGUUGCAGCAGGUUUCGUCUCUGAACAUUUCUUAACCAAGUAUAAAUUUCCUCGCCCAUUAGUGCUCACUUUAAUCCUUCUCUUUUCAUGUGUGGGUCACAUUCUAAUUGCCCUCAAUGUCCCAAGUGGCCUUUAUGUAGCAUCCAUCAUUAUUGGAUUCUGUUUUGGUGCUCAAUGGCCAUUGCUUUUCGCUAUAAUCUCAGAAAUUUUUGGUCUUAAAUACUACUCUACUUUGUACAAUUUUGGGUCUGUGGCUAGUCCUAUUGGGUCAUAUUUGCUCAAUGUGAGAGUUACUGGGCACUUGUACGAUAGAGAGGCAAAGAAGCAAUUGGCGGCUCAGGGACUUGUAAGGCAGCCUGGUCAGGACCUGAAUUGUAUUGGGACUGAGUGCUUCAGGCUAUCCUUCAUUAUAAUUACCGCUGCAACAGUAUUUGGUACAUUUGUGUCACUUAUUUUGGUGCUUAGGACAAGAAAAUUUUACAAGAGUGACAUCUAUAAGAAGUUCCGAGAGGCAGCUCAGGCGGCCGAGACCGAAAUGGCUCUAGCCGGAAAUGGCGUUGGAAAGACAGAAGUGAAGGCAGCUAACUAGAUUUCUGGCUUCAACACAAGGAAUAGUAGGUGUUGGUAAAAGAGAAAAUUUUAGAUUUUUUUAUUGAAAAAUCUAAUGUUGAAAUCUCAUUAAAUGGAGUAUUGUGUAGCUUAAUUAAUAUUUCAAUACACAGAAAAAAAAAGAGUAAUUUCAUUUAGAAUUCUGAUGCGCAAUUGAUGACUUUGGGAUUAUCUUUCUAUUUUUUUAUGGUUUAAUUUUUCUUUUCUUUCACUGUCAAUGGAAGAAUAGCAAGAAACCAAAUUGCUUACUUUUUAACCAUGGAAGGUUCUUGUAAAAUUGGAAUAAUAUUGAAAAAGGUUGGCCACUUGAUUACUUAA